UUCUCGAUCAGCCCUACGCAUCUGAAGCGAUCGCAACAGCAACCCCCCGCCAACAUGUCCUUCAUGGCGAACCUGUUCCGAGGAGAAAUUGAACCAGCUCAGAUAUUUCCCUACCCGGAGGCAGCCGACCAGGAACAAAGGGAAUACAUUCAGUCCUUAGCUGACCCGGUGCAUCGAUUCUUUGCCGAACGCUACGACGCCGUGGAAAGUGAAAAACUAGGUGGCCCUACGGAAGCAACCACCGAUGCUUUGUGGGAAAUGGGCUACUAUGGAUUGAUGGGUCCCGAAGAGUACGGUGGUCUGAACCUAAGCAACACCGGUUAUGCGACCAUGGGUGAUGCGGUUGGUGCGGUGGAUCUAGGGCUAGCCGUAGUCCUUGGAGCUCAUCAAAGUAUCGGUUGGAAGGGAAUCCUUCUGUACGGGACCGAGGAGCAGAAGCGUAAAUAUCUACCGAUGGUCAUGAUCGGGAAAACGACCGCUGCUUUUGCACUUACCGAGCCUAGCUCCGGUUCAGAUGCCGGCUCCAUCAGAUCUAAAGCAGUGAAAAGUUCGUGCGGAAAGUAUUAUACCUUGAACGGAUCUAAACUGUGGAUAACUGGGGGCGGCAUAGCGAACGUUUUCACGGUGUUUGCACAAACUGAAGUCAUCGACUCGCGCACUGGACAAAAACGGGACAAGGUGACUGCUUUCAUCGUGGAACGCGGCUUCGGUGGUCUGACGAGCGGACCUCCGGAAGACAAGAUGGGUAUCCGUUGUUCCAACACCACCGAAGUGUACUUUGAUGAUGUGAAAAUUCCGGCGGAAAAUGUUCUCGGUGGAGAAGGAAACGGAUUUAAGGUGGCAAUGAACAUUUUGAACAACGGACGAUUCGGAAUGGCUGCCACCCUUGCAGGGACGAUGCGAGCUUGCAUAGCUAAGGCGACUGAACACGCGAAUACUCGGGUUCAGUUUGGCCGAAAAAUCAAAGAUUUCGGGAACGUUCAGGAAAAACUGGCUCGAAUGGCCAUGUUGCAGUACGUGACUCAAACUAUGGCUUACACGAUCGCCGGGAAUAUGGAUAAAGGAUCGACGGACUAUCAUUUGGAGGCGGCGAUUUCGAAGGUGUUUUCGUCGGAAGCAGCGUGGCAUGUUUGUGAUGAAGCCAUCCAAAUUCUCGGAGGAAAUGGGUUCAUGAAAGCAACCGGACUUGAGAAAGUGCUGCGAGAUCUGAGGAUCUACAAAAUCUUCGAAGGGGCGAAUGAUGUUCUACGGUUGUUUGUGGCAUUGACGGGGAUACAAUACGGAGGUUCACAUUUGAAGGAGCUACAGAAAGCUUUCAAGCACCCGACAGCUAACUUGGGAUUGAUAUUCAAGGAAGGUUCCCGACGGGCUGCCCGAAGCUUUGGAGUCGGUGGAACCGAUUUGGGUCAGUUUGUGGCAGAACCACUGAAAGAUUCCGCAAAACACUGCUCCGAGAGUAUCGAUAUGUUUGCGUUGGCCGUUGAGUCACUGCUGAUUAAGUUCGGUAAAAGGAUUGUCGAUGAGCAGUUUUUACUGACUAGAUUGGCCGACAGUGCUAUCGACAUCUAUGCCAUGGCAAAUGUGCUAUCGCGGGCGACGCGAGCUGUGGAGAACAAUCUACCAUCGGCAGAGCAUGAGGUGCUAAUGACCAAGGCUUGGUGCAUCGAGGCAAGCAGCAGAGUCAACAACAAUCUGAAGCGUGUAAACAAACGGAUGCAUUUGGAAAACUUUACCACGAUGUCUCAUAUUGCGAAAAAUAUUUGCGACAAUGGAGGUGUUGUACAGAAGCUGCCGUUGGAAAUAAACUGA